AGCGCAGGCGGAAGUCCCGCAGAGCUACAUAAAGCAGGGAGGCCCGGGCACACCUGCACCAGAGCCCGCAGCCUCCAGGGAGCAGCCUGCAGCGAUGAUGCGCCUUCACUUGCUGUCCUGCCUCCUCCUCCUGCCGCUGGCCGCCUGCUUUCCUCUCCUGGAUGGAGAAGUGCCCAUGGACACCACGGGGGGCACUGGAGGCGGAAUGAGCUGGGCCGACCUGGCGGGGGGACACGCAGCCCCCUUCCCGUGGGGCUCCUCGCAGUGGCCGAGAGCUCCACACCCACAAGCCCAGCUCGCCAUGGCCAAGGAGCUGCAGAUGUUGGGCCGAGCGCAUGCCGACUUCAGGCUCCGGUUCAGGAGGCAGGAUGACGGCCGUGGGGUCGCCGGCUUCCUCCUGGCUAAUGGCGAGAAGGCUAGUAGCCCGUUAGGGACGCUGGCCGACGAGUUCAGCGGCUACGGCAAGAAGAAAGGCGGCUUCAGGUUCCGCUUCGGCCGGCGGUGAAGGGCCCGGGACAGCCUGCCCAGGGUUUCCCCUCGGCCCCCUCCCCGCCUCAAAGAGCCUGAAAAGGGGUGGUGUUACUGUAAUAAAUGAU